AUGCCGCCGGCGUCGAGGCCGCUGGUCGUUGCCGCCGCCGUCCUCUGCUUCUCCCUGCUGUUGUUGGGGGCGGAAGCCAAGGUGCGUCACUACGAUUGGGAAAUCUCGUACCAGCACAAGUCCCCCGACUGCUUCGAGAAGCUCGCAGUGGCCGUCAACGGCGAGGCUCCCGGCCCGACCAUUUAUGCCACGCAGGGUGACACCGUCGUCGUCACCGUGCAUAACAAGCUCGAGACGGAGAACACCGCCAUCCACUGGCACGGCAUCCGCCAGAUAGACACGCCCUGGGCUGACGGCGUCGCCGGCGUGACACAGUGCCCCAUCCUGCCCGGCGAAACAUUCACCUAUAAAUUCGUGGUCGACAGGGCGGGAACGUACUUGUACCAUGCCCACUACGGCAUGCAACGCGUGGCGGGGCUCAAUGGCAUGAUCGUCGUGACCAUGCCAGAAAGCGUCAGGGAGCCCUUCAGUUACGACGACCAGCACACCAUCCUCCUAGAAGACUGGUGGCACAAGAGCGUCUACGACCAGGCCACCGGACUCUCCGCCAAACCCUUCGUCUUCGUCGGCGAGCCCCAGUCUCUCCUCAUCAAUGGCCGAGGAACGUUCAACUGCUCGAUGCUUGCUAACUCCACCGGAUUGUGCAACAACUCCCAUCCGGACUGCGCAUUGCCUACUCAAUUCACCUUAGUGCCGGGGAAGACCUAUCUCCUCCGCAUCGGCAGCCUCACGUCGCUCUCGUCGCUCAGCUUUGAGAUCGAGGGCCAUUCGAUGACAGUGGUGGAGGCUGACGGGCACUAUGUGCGGCCAUUUGUGGUAAGAAACAUCUUCAUCUACUCCGGUGAGACAUACUCUGUGCUUGUCAAGGCUGACCAAGACCCGACGCGGAACUACUGGGCCACGUCCCAUAUCGUCGGCCGCAACCCCAAGACUCCAAGCGGCAAGGCCAUCGUGAGCUAUGCCGGCAACGACCCGCGGAAGCAACCGCCCACUGCACCACCGACUGGCCCGGCAUGGAACAACACAGGUAUUAGGGUGGAGCAGAGCAAGGCCAUCAUCGCUCACCCGGGCUACGUCGUGCCAGUGCCACAAAGAGCUGACCGCACAUUGCUCCUGCUCAACACGCAAAACAACAUCAAUGGCCACAUCAAGUGGACCAUCAACGGCAUGUCCCUCCACUUCCCGGCAACACCCUACCUCAUCUCGAUGAAGUACGGCCUCACCGAUGCGUAUGAUCAGCGCCCACCCCUAGACACGUACGACCACAGGGGCCACGACAUCUCCUCACCGGCGAUGACAAACGGGACUAUUGGCAGCCCGGUCUACCGGCUGGCAUUUGACUCCGUGGUGGACGUGGUGCUGCAGAACUCCAAUGCGCUUAACAACAUGAGCGAGACACACCCGUGGCACCUCCAUGGGCACGACUUCUGGGUGCUCGGCCACGGUGACGGCAAGUUCAAUCCGGCAUCGGACACAUGGAGGCUUCUGAACGUGAAGGAUCCGAUUAUGAAGAACACGGUGCCACUACACCCAAACGGAUGGACGGCGCUAAGGUUCCACGCGAACAACCCGGGGGUGUGGUUGUUUCACUGCCACGUCGAGGCGCAUGUGUUCAUGGGCAUGGGAGUGGUCUUUGAGGAGGGCGUCGAGAGGGUCGGCCCCCUCCCUCCAUCCAUCAUGGGUUGUGGACAUUCCAAAGAACUUCAUUGA